AUCUUCAGUCUAAUAAACAAACAUGAGUCAUCUGAAGUUGCUUGCUGCUACUCUGAAGUGGCAUGGUAUUAAAUUUCUGGAAAAGCAAAAUAUAGCCAGAAGGGUAUUUUUACAUGGCCAACGGUAUGUUUCAUCAGGAAUCUCAGAACCAUUCCUGAGUGGGAGUAAUUCAAAUUAUGUGGAGGAAAUGUAUUAUGCGUGGCUUGAAAACCCUGGAAGUGUACAUAAGUCCUGGGAUUUGUUUUUCCGAAAUGCUAAUGCUGGCCAAGCAUAUGAUCCCCAUCUACCAGAUCAGUUGGAAAGAAAGGCAUCAUUUCUUCAGAGCCAUGGCCUGGCCCAGACACCGGGUAAAGCUGAAAAGCUUGUUGAAGAUCAUCUUGCUGUGCAGUCUUUGAUAAGAGCAUACCAAAUCCGUGGCCAUCAUGUGGCUCAGCUGGAUCCCCUUGGAAUUCUGGAUGCAGACUUGGAUUCAUUUGUUCCAUCCGACUUAAUCACUACAAUCGAUAAACUUGGGUUUUAUGGUUUACAUGAAUCAGAUUUGGACAAAGUCUUUCAGCUGCCCACAACCACCUUCAUAGGAGGAAAUGAGAACAGUCUUUCUUUGCGAGAGAUCAUCAAACGAUUGGAGAAUACCUACUGCCAACACAUUGGCUUGGAGUUUAUGUUCAUCAAUGAUGUGGAGCAGUGCCAAUGGAUCCGGCAGAAGUUUGAGACCCCGGGAGUUAUGAAGUUUACUAAUGAGGAAAAAAGGACUUUGUUAGCAAGGCUGGUGCGCUCAAUGAGAUUUGAAGACUUCCUUGCUCGCAAAUGGUCUUCUGAAAAGAGGUUUGGUUUGGAAGGAUGUGAAGUAAUGAUUCCUGCACUUAAGACUCUCAUUGACAAAUCCAGUGAAAUGGGAAUUGAAUACGUUAUAAUGGGGAUGCCUCAUAGAGGUAGACUGAAUGUGUUGGCUAAUGUAAUCCGAAAAGAGCUGGAGCAGAUCUUCUGUCAGUUUGAUCCUAAACUGGAAGCAGCUGAUGAGGGAUCUGGGGAUGUAAAAUAUCAUCUGGGAAUGUACCAUGAGAGGAUCAACCGAGCAACAAACAAGAAAAUCACUCUGUCCCUGAUGGCUAACCCUUCUCACUUGGAAGCAGUUGAUCCCGUUGUGCAAGGGAAAACAAAAGCUGAACAGUUUUAUCGUGGGGAUACAGCAGGGAAGAAGGUUAUGUCCAUAUUAUUGCAUGGGGAUGCUGCCUUUGCAGGACAAGGAGUGGUUUAUGAGACAUUUCAUCUUAGUGACCUGCCAUCUUAUACCACGAAUGGCACUAUUCAUGUUGUGGUCAACAACCAGAUUGGCUUCACCACAGACCCCCGUAUGGCCCGUUCAUCUCCAUAUCCUACUGAUGUUGCUCGUGUGGUCAAUGCUCCCAUUUUUCACGUGAAUGCUGAUGACCCUGAAGCAGUAAUGUAUGUAUGCAGUGUAGCUGCAGAAUGGCGAAACACAUUCAAUAAAGAUGUGGUGGUUGACUUGGUUUGCUACCGUAGGAGGGGGCACAAUGAAAUGGAUGAACCGAUGUUCACCCAGCCUCUAAUGUACAAGCAGAUUCAUAAGCAGGUGCCAGUGCUGAAGAAGUAUGCUGACAAACUGAUUGCAGAUGGGACUGUAACACUGCAGGAGUUUGAGGAAGAAAUUGCAAAGUAUGAUAGAAUAUGUGAAGAAGCAUAUACUAGAUCUAAGGAUAAUAAGAUCCUACAUAUCAAGCACUGGCUUGAUUCACCUUGGCCUGGAUUCUUUAAUGUGGAUGGAGAACCCAAGAGCAUGUCUUGUCCUCCAACUGGCAUUUCAGAAGACCUGCUGACUCAUAUUGGCAAUGUAGCGAGUUCAGUGCCAGUCAAAGACUUCAAAAUACAUGCAGGACUCUCUCGGAUCUUGAGAGCCCGCUUGGAAAUGACCAAGAACAGGGUAGUUGACUGGGCCUUAGCAGAAUACAUGGCUUUUGGCUCUUUUCUAAAAGAAGGAAUCCACGUCCGACUAAGUGGACAGGAUGUGGAGAGGGGUACUUUUAGCCAUCGUCAUCAUGUGCUUCAUGAUCAAGAAGUUGACAAGAGAACGUGUGUUCCCAUGAAUCACCUCUGGGAGCAGCAGGCCCCCUAUACUGUCUGCAACAGCUCCCUUUCUGAAUAUGGUGUCUUAGGUUUUGAACUUGGCUUUGCUAUGGCAAGUCCCAACGCCCUGGUGUGCUGGGAGGCCCAGUUUGGUGACUUCCAUAACACAGCACAGUGUAUAAUAGACCAGUUCAUCAGCUCUGGCCAGGCCAAGUGGGUUCGUCACAACGGGAUCGUCCUGCUCUUGCCACAUGGAAUGGAAGGAAUGGGUCCAGAGCAUUCAUCAGCCAGGCCUGAGAGGUUUCUGCAGAUGAGCAAUGAUGAUUCUGAUGCUUAUCCGGAGUUCAGUGAGCAGUUUGAAGUUUCCCAGCUGUAUGAAUGCAACUGGAUCGUGGUGAAUUGUUCUACUCCAGCCAAUUACUUUCACGUCCUCAGAAGACAGAUCUUGCUGCCAUUCAGAAAACCGCUGAUUAUUUUGACACCCAAGUCACUGCUGAGGCAUCCAGAAGCUAAAUCCAGUUUUGAUGAAAUGGUGUCUGGUACCACUUUCCAACGUGUGAUUCCUGAGAACGGGCUGGCAGCCCAUGCACCACAUGAUGUCAAGCGAGUGAUUUUCUGCACGGGAAAAGUUUACUAUGAUCUGGUGAAAGAGAGAAAGAAUCAAGACCUGGAGAAGCAAAUAGCUAUAACCAGACUUGAACAGAUAUCACCAUUCCCUUUUGACUUGCUGAAAGAAGAACUUGAGAAGUAUCCAGGUGCUGAUCUAGUUUGGUGUCAGGAGGAACACAAAAACAGUGGAUAUUAUGAUUAUGUCAAACCUCGUUUCCGCACUAUUGUGAACCACACUCGACCUAUAUGGUAUGUUGGCCGAGAGCCUGCUGCUGCAGCUGCCACAGGCAACAAGAACACGCAUCUGGUGUCGCUCAGAAGGUUCUUGGAUACAGCUUUCAACCUGGAGGCUUUUGAGGGAAAGACAUUCUAACUGCAGGGCACUGACCCAUCUCUAACUAGUAGUCUCUCAAAUCACUGCAUCUGAAAGAGUAAAUAAAAGUGGGGAAAAUUACUGGCAUAAAAUUAUACAUAAUAAAA